AUGAGCUACGUUGUUGCAUUUGAAGACGAUGCUUCCGUUAGAGACGUUACAAGAAGGUACACAAAAGCUUUCAAUGCCAAAACACGCAAGCUUCGAGUCGAAUCCACCAGAAACGGAGAGAGGUGGUGGACUAAAGCGUUACUAGCAUACGAAAAGCCCUUUCUUGAAGACCGAGAUGAGGCCGAGGUCAGUGAAUUGACUUCUAAGUCUGCCGGAGAACCCAUGCCUCGCAAUAUUCAGGACUUUAAAGACCACCCAAUCUAUGCUCUUAAUAGACACUUGCGUCGGAACGAAGUGAUAUUCCCUGAACGAAUCAUUGGGCAUGUUGGCUUGAGCAAAACUACAUCCAAAAGCGACAAUCUGGAAUCAGUAUAUCGCCGAUCCGAUGUACAUGUCGUGCGCAGCGCUGACAAGUGGUAUCGGUUGGGACGGGACGUCAAAGUGGGGGAGCAGCCAUUAAAACAUGUCCCUGCUAAUCGCCCCAAAGGUGCUUUCACUAGCGAUGACGAGGGCGAAGAAACGGAGCACACUGCUCUUUAUGCAGGGUUCCAAACUCAAAUAUACAAGCCACCGCCUGUGGUGCAGGGCCGUAUACCCAAAAACGCAUACGGAAAUUUGGAUGUCUAUGUGCCCAGCAUGGUGCCGCCCGGAGCAGUCCAUAUAAAACGAGCAGAGGCAUCUCGGGCUGCACGAAUUCUAGGAGUUGAUUUUGCAGAUGCAUUAACCGGAUUCGAUUUCAAAGGUCGGCGUGGGACUGCUGUCUUUGGUGGUAUUGUAAUUGCACAGGAAUACCAGGAAGCCCUGGUUGAAGUUUUGAGGAGCAUGGAGGAUCAAAGACAACAGGCCGCUUUUGAAGCAAGAAGCCAAGAAGCUCUCCGAUUAUGGCGACUUUUCCUGUUGAAACUUAGGAUAGCGGAAAGGGUCCAAGGAUAUGCCACCGAGGAUGAGGAGCCAGACAAUUCAUCCCCGGAGGAUAUGAGCAUUGAUGCAGCUGAAGGUGGUGGAGGAUUCUUUCCAGAGCCAGACCAGUCCGCAAUAAGCCCCCCCAAAGAGCCUUGGAAUGAAUCGAGAGCGGUGGAAUUCGCUCCUGGAGCUUACCAUGCUACCGACGAGACUAUUGAGGGUGUCCCCGAAUGGGAAACCGAUGAUGCCGGCGGUGGUUUAAUCCCAGAUGAAGCCAUGGAAGACGAACCGGGCCCCGAGUCAAUCACUCCUCAUGUUCCACCGAUCAUGCCAAAGCCCAAACAAGAAAAUAACUCAAAGGCAUCUCGAUAUGAACUGGUAGUGGUCCCAAGCAAACCAGACUCUGUCUCUGAACGUCCGCUAGCCAAUGACAGGGCAGUUUUCGGGAAGCCUCAAGGCUCCUCUAGUCAAGCUCCCAUUACGGUGGAUUCUUCGACAAAUUGCGAUUCUAAAUCUGUCAGCCUCGAAGUCAUUUCCAGGCCACCAUCACCUUUCAAAGUAACAAGACAGCCCCCUCCCUCAGAAGAUCCUGAUAGUGAGAUUGAGAAGGGGUCGUUAUUGUCUGAAGACCCCGAAGACGAAGAUGCAAUUCCCGAUUGGUUAGUUUGA